UUGCAAAAUGGAGAACGAAAAUGAAUUUCCUGAAAGUUUACCCGAAUAUUCAGGUUUUAGUUUGCUUUUUGCCAUUCUUGGUCUUGUUGUCACGUUCUCUAUAUUUCCUUUGAUAUCCGGACAUGUUGUAAGAAUGCUGACUAAUCACCUGCGGGCCGAGGAAGAUGUAGAGAAGAAACUGAGACUAGAGAUAGUAGAGCAGAGGCAAAAGCUGAAGACCAUUCACAUGGUUGAUGAGUUUGCAAAAUAUGCCAGGGUGGAGCGGCAAAUCAUCAAGUUGACAGAACAAAAAAAAAAGUUUGAUAGCAAGAGAGGUGACCUGGUCCAAAAGCUAAAGAUUGGUGUCACUGCUGGUUUUCAUAUAGUAAAGGUUGUUCUUACUCUUCUACUGAUGUGGUUCUAUCGCCAUACUCCCAUCAUCAUCCUACCAGAAUCCUGGAUGGCCCCACUAGGCUCAUUCAUAUCAUUGCCAUCGGGAGUGUCAGGUGGCAUUGGUGUUGUGUUUUGGUUGAUAGUCUGCAACACGUCCAUCAAUCAGCUCAUGAAGGUGUCAGGAACAGUCAAGUAAAUCGACACCACCACUAUUGGAUUCAAAGUUGACUAGGUGCUGAACUACUUGUAUAAGUCUAGAGUUGCUGGAAUGAUGUGUCAGUGUGGCUCUUGAAGCUGCUUUGAUACAUCUUCAGAUGGAGGUUUUACAUGAUAUUGAAUCUCUCAAGUGUCAAAUACUAUUUGAUGCUUGUCUUUGCUCAAGAAAUGAUAUCACAAUCAUGUCCUGAUAGACAACUAGUGGAUGGAAAUGAUCCGAGCUAUUAAAUGAUAUACAUGCUGCUAGUGUCUCUGGUGUGACUAUUGGGUGGGUUUCAAGAUGUGGACCAACAAGGUUCUGUAGUUGAAACACCCCCCAAAAGCUUGGAGCCAGUACAGGAAAUUCAGGCCGGAUGCUCAUUAUGUGCUUGGAGAGAAUGUUACAAUUAAUGUAUACUGUCAGUUAAACAGAAUUUGAGAAGUACUGCUUGUUGAGUACAGUCUUGUACAUUUGUGAAUAAAGAAAAUCAUUAUUUUUU